CAACUGAAUUUAAGCAGAGCUCCUCGCCGGGUAGCAUCAUCAGAGAGAGAGAGAAAACCAAUCCAACAUGAGUCUGACUGAGAAAGACAAAGCUGCCGUCAAGGCACUCUGGGCCAAGAUCUCCAAGUCUGUGGAUGCUAUUGGAGCUGAAGCUUUGGGCAGGAUGCUCCUCGUGUAUCCGCAAACCAAGACUUACUUCUCCCACUGGCCGGACCUGACUCCCGGUUCUGCCCCCGUGGUGAGUCACGGAAAGCAGAUCAUGGGUGGAGUCACUGAGGCCGUGUCCAAGAUUGACAACCUGCGCGGCGGCCUGCUGGAACUGAGCGAGCUGCACGCCUUCAAGCUGAGGGUGGACCCAUCUAACUUCAAGAUCUUGGCUCAGACCAUUAUGGUGGUGGUCGCCGCUAUGUUCCCUAACGAUUUCACCCCGGAAGCUCAUGUCGCCUUCGACAAAUUCUUGGCAGCCGUGGCCCUGGGUCUCUCUGAGAGAUACCGUUGAGAUGUCGGCAGUGAAAAGCGCAGUUUGUGACCAUUAAAAUCAUGGUUGGAAAACGAAAAUAAAGCAUGCCGCCAAAAAUAA